AUGACGAACAUGGGUUUUUUGGGAACAAAGAAGAAGCCUCAUGCCGUGUGCAUACCAUACCCAGCACAGGGUCACAUAAACCCGAUGCUGAAACUAGCAAAACUCCUUCACUUCAAAGGCUUUCACAUCACCUUUGUUAACACUGACUACAACCACAAACGCCUUCUCAAAUCCAGAGGUCCUCACUCCCUUGAUGGUCUCUCUUCAUUUCGUUUUGAAACCAUCCCCGAUGGUCUACCCGAACCCGAUGUGGAUGCCACGCAGGAUAUAAUUGCCCUGUGUGAGUCCACCAGAACAACUUGCUUACCUCACUUCAGAAACCUUCUCGCGAAAGUCAAUAACUCAAAUGCCCCUCCAGUGACUUGCAUAGUUUCUGACGGUGCCAUGACCUUCACUCUUGAUGCUGCUCAAGAGUUGGGUGUACCGGAGGUGCUGUUUUGGACCACUAGUGCAUGUGGCUUCAUGUGUUACCUCCAAUACGAACACUUCAUUCAAAAGGGCUUAACACCCCUCAAAGACUCAAGUGAUAUCACGAAUGGAUAUUUGGAGACUACAAUCGAUUGGAUACCAGGCAUCAAAGAUAUUCGGUUGAGGGAUAUUCCCAGCUUCAUCAGGACCACAGAUUCAAAUGAUUUUAUGCUUGAUUUCAUAUACAGGGAGUGCAAGAGGGCCCCAAGAGCUUCAGCAAUAAUUUUGAAUACUUUUGAUGCCUUGGAGCAUGAUGUGUUGGAAGCGUUCUCGUCUAUUUUGCCUCCUGUUUAUUCCAUAGGUCCUUUGAAUUUACUUCUGAAGGAUGUGGAUGACAAAGAAUUGAAUGCAAUUGAGUCCAAUCUUUGGAAGGAAGAGCCUGAGUGCAUGGAGUGGCUCAACACCAAAGAGCCUGAUAGUGUUGUUUAUGUGAAUUUUGGGAGCAUCACAGUUAUGACAAAUGAGCAAUUGGUUGAGUUUGCAUGGGGUCUUGCUGAUAGCAACAAAAGCUUUUUAUGGAUUAUAAGACCAGAUCUUGUGGGUGGUGAAAAUGCUGUUUUACCUCAACAAUUUCUGGAGCAAACAAAAAAUAGAGGACUUUUGUCGAGUUGGUGUUCUCAAGAGCAGGUGCUGAAUCACCCUGCGAUCGGAGGUUUCUUGACACACAAUGGCUGGAAUUCAACAUUGGAAAGUGUGUGUGGAGGUGUUCCAAUGCUAUGUUGGCCUUUCUUUGCUGAGCAACAAACCAAUUCUAGGUUCUGUUGCACAGAGUGGGGCAUUGGGUUGGAGAUUGAAGAGGUUAAGAGAGACAAAAUAGAGAGCCUUGUGAAGGAGUUGAUGGAUGGUGAAAAGGGUAAGAAGAUGAAAGAGAGAGCUUUGCAAUGGAAGGAAUUGGCAAAAAGUGCUGCUUCUGGCCCUCACGGGUCUUCAUUUCGUAAUUUGGAAAACUUGAUUCGUGAAGUUCUUGGCGAAAAUGUUACUUCAUUUUAA